AUGAUUAGCGUCGACUCGCGUCGGAUCGCAAGAGCCAACAACAUGGCAUGGGAGGCCCCCGUGAGCUGCCGCAGCAUUCUUCCCGAGGAUGGCGGCGGCGAGACGGGCGUGCUCCUGGCGAGAUACCUCUUCACCGGCGGCUCGCCCGAGGAGCGGCGGCGCGUCGGGGCGGCGAUGCGGAAGCUGGAGCCGGAGGCGGCGCAGCGGUUCCUGAAGGUUGUCGGCUCGGCGGACCCAGACUACCUCCACAACACGGUGCUCGACUCGGAGGAGAGCGCCGAGAACGCCUCCGCGCCGCUCUCCCUGGGCCUGGGAGCCGCGACCGCCGCAGUAGGCGGCCUGGACCAGAGGUGGCUCCUCGCGGGCGCCGUGGCGCUGGCGCUGCUUCUGCUCGGCUGCUGCGCCAUGGUACUGUGCGGCUCCUCCAGGGCCGCGGCCAAGGACGGUAAGAAG